UGUCGCUCCAGCUGUCAAACGGUAACAACUUUAACAGCUGUGAGUGUCGCGACUGUUAAUGUUAGACUGUGUGUCAUACUAACAAAUGUACACCGUGGAGAUAGAUAAGCAGAGCCUGACUGCAGUAAUGGACCAUGAAAAAACUAUUUGGAUAAAAGAGGAAACAAGUGAGAUAUCAGGUUCACCAGGUUCCAUUGUCCAGGUAUACCCCUGUAGUGUGAAAAUAAAGGAAGAACCACAGGAGACUGGGAAUCAAGAGUUACUUCAAGAUCCAUUAAAAAUUGAGGCUCCAUUUUACAACACAAAGGAAGAUCCAGGACUGAAAUUGAAUGUGAGUCUCUCUGAACAUAGUUAUCUGGAAGAUCCAUUUAUAGCCUCGGGGUCCACUGAUCAUAUUAAGGAGGAUUCAGUACUAAAUUUAGGAGCAGAAGAAAUUGAGACUUUUAUGUUCAGCCAUCCCGAAUAUGAUCCUCUGGGAGUUAAGAUGGAGGAGGUGGAAGCCUCAACAAGAUAUGCAUCUGAUAGUGCAAGAUUUACUCAGACUACUGGUGGGAGCUGCCGCAUAUCAUGUGAGGAAACUUGUCACCGUAGACUGGUCCAGGAAGAGUUGGUGAUAGACAUGGAGAAGUCAACACAUGGGUUCAGUACCAAUACAGAAGAUGUGACUAUUGAUAAGGAAUGCUCGGUUGCCACCCAAUAUGAUUGCAGUACGAGGGAAAAGGAAUUACAUGUAUAUAGCUGUAAUUUCUGCCAACAGAGCUUUCCUUCAAAAUACAGGCUCAUAAUGCAUGUGUUUAUGCACAAUGAUGGAACGAAACCACAUUUGUAUGUUUGUAAGUGGUGUGGUGAGGUAUUUGUCAGUAAUGUUGGCUUGAAAAAGCAUAUGAGAAUGAGUGAGAAUUGUCAAUUUUUAACUGCUGAUAGUGAUGAAAGAUAUGGCCAUAGUGAUGAGCAUCAAAGCAGUACCUUGUUGGAUAGCGAGCCAGAAGUUUCUGUCACACAGCACAGUGAGCAGUCUUCAUGUAAGGAAACUUGGAAAGUGUCAAAGAAGCCCUCUAACGACGUGUGUAACACACACAUGACAAAUGAUAGAGAGAAAAAAAGUUCCAUUCAUACCGGGAAAAGACUUCACAAAUGUGAUAUUUGUGACAAAUGGUUUGCCCGGUCAGGUAAUCUAAAGGCUCACAUAUUAAUUCACACCGGAAAGAAACCGCACAAAUGUGAGAUUUGUGGGAAAUCUUUCACGAUCUCAUGUGGUCUCAAGAAACAUGUAUUACUUCACACUGGAAAGAAACCUCACAAGUGUGAGAUUUGUGGGAAAUGUUUUGCCUUGUCAAGCAAUCUCAAGAUACACACAUUAAUUCACACUGGAAUUAAACCUCAUACAUGUGAGAUUUGUGGGAAAUCUUUUGCUAGGUCAGGUGAUCUCAAGAAACAUGUAUUAAUUCACACUGGAAAGAAACCCCACAAAUGUGAGAUUUGUGGGAAAUCUUUUGCUAGGUCAGAUGAUCUCAAGAAACAUGUAUUAAUUCACACUGGAAAGAAACCCCACAAAUGUGAGAUUUGUGGGAAAUCUUUUGCUAGGUCAGAUGAUCUCAAGAAACAUGUAUUAAUUCACACUGGAAAGAAACCCCACAAAUGUGAGAUUUGUGGGAAAUCUUUUGCUAGGUCAGAUGAUCUCAAGAGACACACAUUAAUUCACACUGGUAAGAAACCUCACAAAUGUGAGAUUUGUGGGAAAUCUCUUGCUACGUCAGAUGAUCUCAAGACACACACAUUAAUUCACACUGGAAAGAAACCUCACAAAUGUGAGAUUUGUGGGAAAUCUUUUGCUAGGUCAGGUGAUCUCAAGAAACAUGUAUUAAUUCACACUGGAAAGAAACCCCACAAAUGUGAGAUUUGUGGGAAAUCUUUUGCUAGGUCAGAUGAUCUCAAGAGACACACAUUAAUUCACACUGGUAAGAAACCUCACAAAUGUGAGAUUUGUGGGAAAUCUCUUGCUACGUCAGAUGAUCUCAAGACACACACAUUAAUUCACACUGGAAAGAAACCUCACAAAUGUGAGAUUUGUGGGAAAUCUUUUGCUAGGUCAGGUGAUCUCAAGAAACAUGUAUUAAUUCACACUGGAAAGAAACCCCACAAAUGUGAGAUUUGUGGGAAAUCUUUUGCUAGGUCAGAUGAUCUCAAGACACACACAUUAAUUCACACUGGAAAGAAACCUCACAAAUGUGAGAUUUGUGGGAAAUCUUUUGCUAGGUCAGGUGAUCUCAAGAAACAUGUAUUAAUUCACACUGGAAAGAAACCCCACAAAUGUGAGAUUUGUGGGAAAUCUUUUGCUAGGUCAGAUGAUCUCAAGACACACACAUUAAUUCACACUGGAAAGAAACCUCACAAAUGUGAGAUUUGUGGGAAAUCUUUUGCUAGGUCAGGUGAUCUCAAGAAACAUGUAUUAAUUCACACUGGAAAGAAACCCCACAAAUGUGAGAUUUGUGGGAAAUCUUUUGCUAGGUCAGGAAAUCUCAAGACACAUGUAUUAAUUCACACUGGAAAGAAAACCCACAAAUGCGAUAUUUGUGGCAAAUCGUUUGCCACAUCAGGUUCACUCAAGAUACACACAAUAAUCCACACUGGAAAGAAACCUUACAAAUGUGAGAUAUGUGGGAAAUCUGUUGCCCAGUCAGGUCAUCUCGAGAGUCACAUAUUAAUUCACACAUUAAAGAAACCGCACAAUUGAGAUUUGUGGCUAAUCAUUUGCUAGAUCAGGUGAUCUCAAGACACAUACUUCAGAACACAUUAGGAGGAGACCUCACAAAUGUGAUGUGACAAAAGUUUCAUUCAGGUGGGAACUCUCAAGACACAUCACUACUUCACAUCGAAAAGAAAUUACGACAAAUAGAUUUUCCUGGUUGGUGCUCUCAAGGCCUAUAAAACAAUGGAAGUGGCAGGGGGGCAGUAAAUUGUAUUGCCUGUGAAAUAAAAUUAAAAUGUGGUAGGAUUGUGAAAAAAUGUGACAAUAUAUAAAUCCGCAUCUGCCACUUUACAUGUCAAGCAAUGGUAAUCUUAAAUACUCCAGAAACAUGAAUCAAAUGUGUUUUUGUCAUUAGCACUGCUGCUUUUUCCCAUCGAUCUUGAGACAAGAAGAUUGUGAAUUGUGAUAAAUCCUUACAUUUGUCAGUAAUCGUAAGUACUAUGCAAUAUUCAAGGAAAUGUUAUGACUUGCUGUUUAUUAUUCCAAACAAAGUCAUCAUGUAGUACUUGUAUCUCUGUAUUUUGGAAACAGUGACAGUAAAAAUAUAUUCAUGGCACUUGCUUCAUUCAGAAUGGUAACCUCAAAACUGGAGAAACGCAAUUAUAAUAAUUGUUUUACUCGGACAUGUUUUCUCAAGAGAUUUGCUGUGUCAUUAAUAGUGUGUACAUUUAUGUUCUGUUAGUACUAAUCCUGCAUAAGUACGCGUAACAACAAAUAUAGCAACCUGCUUAAUAGCAUGUUUGUCCACCUUUGGAACACAGUGCUUGACAUAUCAUUUACAUGUUUCUGGGUUUAUGUUGCACCAGUUGUAUUCCACACGUUGAGAUCAGCUAAAUGGUGUGGUCCAGAUAUCGGUGUUAGUUACCAUGCUACUCAGACCAAUGUGGAGUCAUUCUGCACGUGUGACAUGGACAAUUAUCCUGCUGAAAGAUGCCUUCAGCAUGGGAGAGCUCACCAGGAAUGCAGUUGCAAUAAAGGUCACAUAGUCUGCAACUAUCAUGAUGCUUCUAUUACUACCAAAUGUCCCAAAGGAACCAAAGUGACUGCCCCAUAGCAUAAUGCGCCCCCCAUCUGGUGCCAUUCACCUAUAUAGCAUAUGUGGAUGUACAACUGACCUGGUGUAACAGGAAAUGUCACCCAUCCUGAUAGUUGACAUUUGCAAUGACCUUCAUUCCAGCCUCAGUGAUCCCAUGCCCACUGCAGUCGCAAUUGAACAUUUUAGUGGAUCGAUAUGGAAACAUACAGUGACCAUAUGUUGUAGAGCCCCAUGUUCAACAAUGUACAUGUACAUUGAAUUGUCUGUUCAAAAACGUGUAUGGCUGCUCUAGCAUUGUUAUCCCUCAUUAGAUAAGCCACAUAUUGCCUCAUGUCCAGCUUUACAGAGCAGGAAAGCAUCUGACUUCCAUGAUUGGUGUUGAAGUGUAUAUUUAUUACAUCAUUUCAUAAGGUUAUGGAUUUAUCACCUUUCAGCCACUUCCACAGAUGUUCACAACAAUAUCAUAGAUCCAGCCAACCAGCUUCAACACUUUUGAGCUGUUAGUUUCCAACUGCCAUGCCAUUUUAACUUCACGUUUGCUAAGGUCACUUAUGUCAUUGGAUUUACAUGUUUGCAACCCAUCUAACUGGUAGAACAAUUCCUUGUAAAUCUCUAGUCUGCUUAUAUACUUGUAAUCUGCUUAUUGCAUCAUGUGCACACAUGUGGCGUUCAUUCUCCUCAUUGGCAGUGUUCAUGACAUUUUUGCCCAUCAGUACAUUUUCACGUAAAUUGGUCAGAUGCGAAACUGUGUAAUCUAAGAAAUUCGUCAUGCUUGGUUGCCAUUUACACCAGUGCACAAUAGCUGUAUUUUUUUGUGAAAUAUUUUUGUUUCACACAGCUCUGCACAUGAUUCAGAGAUAAUGUAGAUAAGUGUUAUGCACCAAAGCUCUUAAUUAUUUGUUCAGCAUUUAAUACUGUGUAAGUUCUACAAAAAAAUGAAAUAGGUAAACAAACAUUACGUGUUAUGAUUUGAUUCCAGUUAUUUGUAUACACAAGAACAACACUUGGGAGAGCUCAGAACGUGAGCACCAAAUAUUUCUUGUUAUAUUCCGAGAUGUUUCCAUUGUGGGUAUUUUUCUUAAUUUGUGUAAAUUUACAUGAGGUUUUAGGAAAUCUGUACUUACGCUUCAUUUUUAAUUUCAGAACGAUCGUUUUUAAUUUUCUACCUAUUUGUUAUUGUUGAAAGUGGUUUAGUAUGUUCCAUUAUAUGUGUAACAAUGGGAGAUAGUUGUAAUUGAUUGGCACUGUUCUGUGUUGCUACACUUUAGCUGUGACACUUAGUAG